CCUAUUAUCGCCCCGAUCUUAGAGGCUGAUGAUUGGGCCCCCACUUUGACCCACCAGCACAUCCUCCCCAAUGCGCCAUCUCACUUUCCUCGAUCUUUCUUCAAGCUUCAAGCCACCCGCCUCGGCGUGCAUUCAGACUUGAAAAUGGUGGGAAUCGGCGGUCGCAGCAAGGGCUGCAAGACCUGUCGUCGGCGAAGAGUAAAAUGCGAUGAAGCAAAACCAACCUGCGAGCGCUGUCAAAAGCUGAGCUUGAAAUGCGAGGGCUAUGUACAAUUUCCAGAAUUUGUCGAUAUGACAGUCCAGUUCACAGGCAAGAAGUCGGCGAAACAGAAGCCCGUGGAGAACGAUGUGCUCAGUUCAUCAACCAGUGCUAGUACUGCGACCCAUGGCAGUACUGCCAGCCCGAGACCUGAAAGCUCAGUUAUCGAGCUGCCGUUGACGUCAAUACCGGUCAAUCCAAAAUGGAACGAGCAGAGUAUGUUCACGUCUCAUCUGGUGCGCAAAUUGUUCACCUGGCAUGACGAUAAAACCUCACCACGGGCAUCAUCGUGGAUCGAGCUGUUGUUUCAGCGCACGGAGGACGAAGCCGCAUUAUCAUUCACGUCGGUCAGCGCGUUGGCCACAACGUACUUUGCAAAGGUGAAUCGCAACGGUGAUCUUAUGCGCAAAGGCGCGGGGUUCUACUCGCGAGCACUUCGGACCCUCCGGUCGAAUUUGGAAGAUUCAACUCUCGCCUUGGAGGAUGAUCUGGUCGUUGCAGUUAUUUGCAUGGCAAUUUACGAAAUGAUCACUUUUACACAGCCAACUGGAUGGCUGCAUCACUACAAAGGCUUGGCACGAUUGACGGCGAUGAGAGGCCCACAUCGCCACCAAUCGGGCGUUGCAUCGGCGAUUCUCCCAACUUUGCGGUCAUGCAUUGCUGCCGGAUACCUCGUCGAACGAAAGCGUUGCUUCCUUGAAUCCCCAGAAUGGAAAACUAUACCUUGGGCCAAGCGCGGCCUACAUACCAAAACGCCAUCGGAAGAGCUGCAAGACUUGCUCUGUGAUCUUCCUGGGUACCUUGAAGAUAUCGAUAAGAUCUUUACAUGGAAUCCAAAGAAGUCUGGAAAGGAGGAAUUAGCCAAGGACCUUUGCUCGCGAGUAUUGACAACACUGGAAGCACUCUAUGCUUGGCGCUGGGACUGGGAACAGAAGUUUCCAAAUUCAACAUACCUGAUCUCACCACGGGAUCUCGAUGUGUCAUCUAUACGACUACCACCUAGCCCUUUCGAAAGUAUUAUCUGGUUUACCAGCCCACAUCGGGCAGCAGAGUUGAUGACUUACAACGCGAUUCGGCUGAUAACCACUAGAACUCUAGAGAUGUUCGGUAUUGACAUGCCAUCAUCUGAUAUUUUUAUCAGUGAUCCUCUCUUACCAAUGGAAGGAACCAGACACGAUGUUGCAGUCGAGAUAUGCCGAAUGACAGAAUAUCAUCUUCACGCUUUCAGUCAAAGUUCUGGGGCAUUCAUGCUUAUCUUCCCGUUAAAUGUUGCCCAUCUCCAUUUAAAUGAAGAUAAAGGACGGAUCAAGCCAUGGCUCGAGGCGGUAAUGUCCGUUGUUGCGGACUUGCAUGGUUUUGAACUUGGUCGGAAGGAGAAUAUGCCACGUCGGAGUAUGAAGCACGACUCCAAAUUUACACAGUUUGCAUAUCAAAGCCCUUGA